AUGGCUCCUGAAACUCGUUCGCGACCCAUGGAGGAUAGGUGGGAGAACACACAAGCUGAAAUCGAUGUGUUGAAGGAGCAUAUGAACAAGCGUUUUCAGGAAAUAACUUGUAAACUGGAUGCCAUUUUUGAUAACUACAGAGACAAACAAUCAUCACCGAGUGGUUCCACAAAUCAACCACAUGCAUCCAAAGAUCAUGCAGCAGCGAAGAACUUGAGGCUCAAGGUUUCACGGUAUGAUGGAUUAGUUGAUCCACAGGGUUGGAUCUACAAAAUCAACCAAUUUUUUGAUUUCUAUGAUAUGGAAGAGGAACAGCGAUUGAAGAUUGCUCCUUUUUACUUUGAAGGCAAGGCCUUAAAAUGGUACCAGUGGUUCCACAAGAACUCCACCAUUGAUUCAUGGCCCAAAUUUCUGCAAUCAUUGCAGAUCCGAUUUGGUCCUUCCAAAAUGGAAGAUUAUCAAGGUCAAUUGACCAAAUUGCUGCAAACAGGAACGGUAUUGGAAUACCAGGAACAGUUUGAACACUUGUCCAACCAGGUUGAUGGUUUAUCUGAAUCCUUUCUGGUGAGUUGUUUCAUUUCAGGAUUAAAAAAAGAUAUCCAACAUGAUGUUUCUGCUUUUAGACCUUCUUCCUUAUCCCAUGCAAUGUCUUUAGCUAAGAUCCACGAAUCCAAACUACUCCUCAAAACUAACCCACCAAAAUUACAUUCCUCUUACCCUCCAUUAUUACCUACACUACAAUCACGUUUUCAUCAAACAACAAACACAACUAAACCUUUUGUUCCAAAUACCACACCUACCCAAAAUCAGCCUCUGACCCAUAAACUUACCCAAAGCCAGAUGCAAGAAAGGAGAGACAAGAACUUGUGUUUUUAUUGUGGGGAGAAAUAUUUCAAAGGUCACAAAUGCAAAGCUUUCGUGCAUCUGCUGAUAAUUCCUGAUGAAGAGAAUGUUGAUUGUGGGACUCUUUCAACUCAUGAAUACAUUGAAGAUCCUCCACCCUUACAUAUGGAACCAAUUGAGAUGGAUACACCACAAAUCAGUAUGCAUGCUUUAUCUGGUUUUGUAGUUCCUCAGACAUUACGUUUUAAUGGUUUUAUUGGGAAAUCAGAAAUCGUUUUGUUAGUUGAUGGUGGAAGUACUCACAAUUUUGUCCAACCUCGAGUAGUCUCAGAUCUUCAGCUACCUAUACUGAAUGACAAGCAAUUUGAUGUCAUGGUGGGUAAUGGUCAAAUCCUUAAGUGUGAAGGAUUUUGUUCUGCAGUACCAGUCCAAGUACAACAGCAUGUUUUCCUUGUAGACUGUUAUGUGUUAUCUAUUCAGGGUGCAGAUUUGGUACUUGGGGUUCAAUGGUUGCAGCUGCUGGGACCUAUUGUACUGGACUAUCAAAAAUUAUCAAUGGAAUUUUCUUGGGAAGGAGAAUCUAUUCGACUGCAAGGAGAUAAGCACACUACUUCCAUUUCUUUCAAUCAGUUUAAGAAAAUAAAACAGCAAGGACAGGUAGCUUCCUUAUUCCAAUUAUCUGUUAUAGAUAUGAAUACAACCACUACUGUUCCUGCAGUUCACACAGAAGUAACCAUUUUGAUCAAUGAGUUUGAUACACUCUUUCAAGAACCUACAGAAUUGCCACCCCAUCGACAGCUUGAUCAUCAAAUACAUUUACAACCAAAUUCAGCACCAGUGAAUGUGAGACCAUACAGAUAUCCUCACUUUCAGAAAGGAGAAAUUGAAAAACAGGUGAAGAUGAUGUUGGAUUCAGGAUUUAUUCGUACCAGUACCAGUCCUUUCUCUUCCCCAGUCCUCUUAGUUAAGAAAAAGGAUGGUUCCUGGCGAUUUUGCAUCGAUUUUAGAGCAUUGAACAGCAUUACUAUCAGGGACAGAUUCCCCAUACCAACGGCUGAUGAGUUGAUGGAUGAACUUGGAGGUUCCACAAUUUUUUCUAAGCUAGAUCUUCGAGCAGGAUAUCAUCAAAUCAGAAUGAGUCCAGAUGAUGUCCAUAAGACUGCUUUUAGAACUCACCAAGGUCACUAUGAGUUUUUAGUCAUGCCAUUUGGCUUGACAAAUGCUCCAUCCACCUUCCAAGCAACCAUGAAUAUCAUAUUGCAACCCUGCCUGCGCAAGUUUGUGGCUGUUUUCCUUGAUGAUAUUCUCAUCUACAGUUCUUCUAUGAAGGACCAUUUACAACACCUACGGGUAGUAUUAUCCAUACUUAAAGCUCAUCAGUUUUACAUUAAAAAAUCGAAAUGUUCUGGAUCCCAACAAGUUUGA